GAACACAGGGGCGCGCGUAAGAGACCGUUCAUACUCCUGGGCGUAGCGUGCGCGGUGGUAGGGCUGGUGCUCGGUAUCAUCAUCGGCUUCUUCGCCAUCCCGAAGAGCGGGACGCCGUGGUCGGCCGCCCUGACACGGGAGGGGGACCCGAGCGUCCCCGCGCGGCUACAGCGCGAGCUCAAGCCCGACAACAUCAGGGAAAACCUCAGGACGCUGACGGCCCGGCCGCACAUAGCCGGGAAGGAGAUGGACCUGGGGGUGGCCCGGCUGAUCCGGGACAGGUGGUUGGAGUACGGGUUCGACUCCGCCCGGCUGGUGCCCUACGACGUGCUCCUGGCGUACCCGAGCAGGGAUCCCAACAGGUUAAGCGGCGUGUCGCUGUUGGAGGCUGACGGUACAGUAGUGGUGGAGUCUCAGCAACAGGAGGCGGGGAUCAGCGACCCAGAGGCCGAACCACCGUUCAACGCUUACUCGGCUUCAGGAGAAGUUCAGGGAGACUUGGUGUACGUCAACUUUGCCCGCGCCGAGGAUUUCCAAACGCUGGUGCGAGACGUGGGCGUAGACCCAACUGGGAAAAUCUGCAUCGCCAGAUAUGGCAAGAUCUUCAGGGGCAACAAGGCCAAGCUUGCCGCCCAGUUCGGCUGUGCGGGUCUGAUCCUGUACUCGGACCCGGAGCAGUGCGUAGCGGACGGCUGGCCGGUCUGGCCGGACGGAUGGAUGAUGCCCAGCACGGGAGUACAGCGGGGGAAUGUGAAGGAUUCUACAUGGAAGGGAGACUCCCUGACGCCUUUUUAUCCUGCUAACGAGUACGCCUAUCGGUUAGAUGAACAAGAUGCCAACCUCUCCGCCAUCCCUGUACACCCAAUCAGCUAUGGAGUCGCUAGAGAAAUACUGAGGAACAUGGCUGGCCCUGAAGCUCCCGUUGAGUGGCAGGGAGGGUUGGACAUUACCUACCACUUAGGACCAGGCUAUACAGGUCCGGCCAGCAGCAGGACGGUGCGACUCGUGGUGAACCAAGACAGGGAGGUGCGGACGACGUACAACGUCAUCGGGACCAUCCGCGGAGCUGUCGAACCAGACCGGUACGUGAUAGUGGGGAACCAUCACGACGCCUGGGUGUACGGCAGUGUGGACCCGUCCAGCGGGACCGCCGUGAUGCUGGAACUCGGCAGAGCCUUGGGCAAACUCAAGGCUGAGGGCUGGAGACCACGUCGGACUCUCGUGUUCGGCAGCUGGGGAGCGGAAGAGCAGGGCCUGAUCGGCUCUACGGAGUUUGUAGAGGAUUACAUCAGAAGUCUCCAAGAACGGACUGUGGCGUACCUCAACUGCGACUCUGCGGCCGCUGGAAACUUCUCAAUAGCGAUGUGGGCGAGUCCAAUUUUGCACAGCCUAAUCCGAGAAGCGGCAAAAAAGGUACCAGACCCGCACGAGCCCAGUAAAAGCCUGUACGACACGUGGCGACUGAAGCGACCGGAGGAAGAGGGCAACCCCGACACGCGCCCGAAAAUCGGCAGGUUGGGGUCCGGGACUGACUUCACCCCGUUUUUCCAGCAUGCUGGCAUCACGGCGCUCGACAUGUGGAACGACAUAGACCCAGCCUUUGGUUUCGGCUACCCCCUGUACCACUCCGCCUACGAGACCUUCGAUCUGCCAGACCGGUUCAUCGACCCUGACUGGACGGUGCACCAGUCGGUGGGGCGGCUGUGGGGGGAGAUGGCGGUCACCCUAGCGGACGCCCUGGUACUGCCGCUGGACGUGCGGGACUACGCCGAAACUCUGCAGAAGAUGAUGGACGAGCUUCGAGACGAGCACGGCUCCAGACUGGCGGCGCAAAGCAUCGGCUUAGAGCACCUUGAGUCAGCAAUAGCAAACUUCACCAGGGCUACUACAACUUUCCACCAGAGCCUUGGAACUGUGGACAAAUUAAAUCCCCUUGCAGUCCGCGCUGUGAACGAUCGCCUGAUGAAGCUGGAAGGUGCCUUCAUUGACCCCCUGGGACUGCCUGACAGGCCUUGGUACAGACACGUGGCGUUUGCCCCCAGCAGUGUGAACAGCUACGCGGGGCAGUCCUUCCCGGGCCUGGCCGACGCCCUGUUCGACAUCGACAACGUUAACCCGGCCGAUCUGGCGGCGCGGUGGGAGCUGGUGAGGAGGCAGCUCGCCGUCACCACGUUCACCGUACAGUCUGCAGCCAACACGCUGGUCAACAACCUGUUCUAGGCACAGCAUCUACGACUUAGCUUCUGCCAGGAGCUUCAGAAGCAGCUGGAAAGAGUAGAAAUUGACCUAAGAGACAAAAUUGUAAGGUCCGCUAACGGAGUACAAUUUGCCGAUCUGAUCUGUACUGCUUCAGCUGCAGCAUGAUCAACUCCCCUGACUGCCGUCUGCCUAUUUGGCCAAUUCCUACUUUUUUUCUACUGAGACUAUAUCUACAAGAAUCCUCUGGUUGCUGGAAAAGUAGAAAUUAAUUGGUCAAAUAGACAGCAGAGUAGCAGUAGAGCUCGUGAGGAGGCAGCUUGCCGUCACGUUUACCAUACAGUCUGCUGCCAACGCGCUGGUCAACAACCUG